AUGGCUGUGUGGGUGCGGCUUGUAUCGGCUGUGUGGCGGCUGCUGCCGCAGCAAGACUGGUCUUUAACUCGAAGGGCUGUGCGCUGGCUAACAGCACAAACAGAAAGGAGUGCGGAUGAUGCUGCUGCUGCUGAUUUCGGCCUUCAUGCGAAGCCCUAUUUGCUGCGCUCUAUUACUUCUUCUUUGCUGCCUCUUCCCGCUACACGUGCUGCUGCUUUGCUGCCGCUGAAGGCUCUGUUCGUCUUCAUUGGUGAUGAUGAAUUUGAGGGAGCAGCAGAACAGCUUAUGCCCCACCUCUCAGCCCCCGUGCUGCAGUAUCUGCACAGGGAGUGCAGCAACCCUGAGUGGGGCUCAGCUUGUCUACAGGAGGCGCAGCACGUCUUUCAUUUACGCCUGACGCCCCCAGACAUGGUUUGGAGUGCAUUAGCGGAGAGACUUCGUCUCGUGCUGCUGCAGCAGCUGCAGCAGCAGCAGCAGCAGCAGCUGUCGGUCCAGCAGCAGCUGCUGCAGCACGAGCUCCAGCUGCAGCAACAGCAGCUCUUGCUGCAGCAACACCUGCUGCCACACGAGCAGGAGGCGCAGCAGCAGCAGCAGCAACUUGGUGGAGGAGGUCUUGCUGGAGGGCUUCCAGGAGACGCAGGAAAGCAUGAGGCAGCAGCAGCAGCAGCAGCAGCAGCACAAGAGGUCUUGCAGCUGGCUGCGCUGUUUGCGGACCGUAUUGUUGCGCCUCUUGCUGCUGCUGCUGCUGCUAGUGGUGCAGCAGACGCAGCAGCAAUCUGCGGUGUACAGACACUGCAUGGGUUUGCUCAGCUGCUAACCCUUGUUCUUGAGGGGUGCUGCACGAUUGCGCCUACGCUGCAGCAGCUGCCUCUCGUGCGGCCGCUGCUGCAGCAAGCGGUCGGCUGUCUCCGGCGUCUGCGGGCCUUGAGGUGCAACAAGGAGCUGCUGCUGCUGCUGCAGAGUCUUGCUGCUGCUGCGCCCCACACAACGCUCAGUGAAGAAGCAGCAACAGCAGCAGCAGCAGCAACUGCUGCUGCAGAUGCUGCUCCGCUGCAGGAUGAUACAGCAGCUAAUGCUGCACAAGACAAUACCUCUGUAGCUGCAGCUGAAGGAACAGCUGCAGCAGCAGCGUUCAGUGCUGCUGCUGCUGCUGCUGUUGCUGCUUCCUCCGAGCUUUCAGGGAGUCAGGAUGCGAUGCAGCCGUCGUUGCAGCAGUUGCUGCUGCAGCUGCAGCAGCUGCUGCAUGCAAUCAGCAGCUUUCUAGCCCACGUGGAGACCCUUCUCUUGCAGCUGCUGGCGAUGGAGGAAGCAGCAACACCGGCACUAGACACACUCUUCUCCGUGCUGGCAGGGCUAAUGUCUCUUGUUUGUUUGCUGCAGAGCAGCACAAACAUACAUCUCCAUAUUGAAGAGCAGCAGCAGCAGCAGGGCCAACAGCAGCAACAGCAGCAGCAACAACAGCAGCAGCAGAAGACGUCUCAUUUGCGCUACCGACGAGUGCCUGCGCGUGGCAACGACGCUUUGGGAUUGCCUAGGCAGCAGCAGCAGCAGCAGCAGCUGCAACAGCAGCAAGGAAGAAGGGCUUAUAGAAGAGAGCAAGAGCAGCAGCAAGAGCAGGAGCAGCAGCAGCAGCAGCAAGCCGCUGCUAUCUUCUGUUUCCUCUCGCAGGCAGUGCUGGAAUCAGUUAUCCUCGCCGGUCUUCAAGGCAGCAGCAGCAGCUGCAGCAGCAGCAGCAGCAGCAAAGCGGAGAGCAUCUGGAGGUGCAGCGCCUUCUGGCGGCAUGCCAGGCUUCAGGUGUACAGACCCCUCGGUUUGCUGCUGCCUAAUGCUGUGCUGCAUCUAGUAGCAGCACUUGGAGACCCCUUUCCAGACGUCAGGUACGCUGCCCGCGUAUUUGUGCGUCUGGCGUUAGAUAACGCCCCACAGCUGCUGCUGCCAGUGUUUGACUGCAUAUUGAGUGCACCUCCACCGCUGCAGCAGCAGCAGCAGCAGCAUCAGGGGCAGGUGCCUGUAGAUGAGGAGCAGCUGGAGGGGGUGCUCCAGCAGCAGCUGCAACAGCAGCUGGCGGAGGAAGCUGCUGCCGCUGCUGCGAUGGAUGCAACUGCUGCAGCAUAUCGCGGGUUAGAGCUGCUGCAGCUGCUGCUGCUGUUUGAGGGGCAGCUGCUGCAGGAGCGCAUGCAGUGUUUUUAUGUUAGCGAGAAUCUGCUGCAGUCAAACGCUGUGCAGGCGCACUCGUGGGCAGCAGCAAACGCAGCAAGAGGGCAAUCGCCUGGGCGCUGGACGACUGCAGCAGCAGCAGCAGCAAACACCCCAGCAGCAGCAGCAGCAGCAGAUUGGCAGGCGUGGACGUACAGCGACUUCUCUGUUGUUGACUAUGUCGAUUUGUUUUGUGUAGUGCUGCUGCGCUUCAUUUGCUUCCGUCUGCCUCCCUCAGCAGCAGCAGCAGCAGCAGGAGCUGCAGCAGCAGGAACAGCAGCAGCAGCAGCAGCCACAGGGGCCUAUGGUGUGGCUUCACUAGCGGAGUAUCCGGCGUCCUUCCCUGCGACAUGCACACCCUCACCUGUAUCAGGAGCAGCACAAGCAGCAGCAGCAGCAGCAGCAGCAGCAGCAGCACCUUGCAGCAGGUUUGCUGCUCUUCAUGGAAAGGCUUGCGAGCUGCUGGCUUCGUUUGUCUCCUCGCUGCAGCCAGCAGCAAGAGCGAGGGAAGUCUGCUGCCUCCUCUCGUAUGCACUUGUAGACAGGCUUAUUGCUGCAGUGCAAAUAGACUACGCUGCGCAGUCACAGCUGCUGCAGCUACUUCGUGUCGUCAUCGUACACUCCAGCCAGGCUGCUGCGGGCUUCUCUCCUGCCAGCAAAUUCAUUCUUGACAGCAGCAGCAAGGAGCUGCAGCAGCUACUGGAGCAGCAGCUGCCGCAGCAGCCGCCGUCGCCUUCGGGGGCAGCAGCAGCUGCUGCUGCAUCCGCUGAUCCUGCGCAACCUGCAGCACCUGCUGCCGCUGAAGCAUCUGAAUCUGCAGCACUGCAGCAGCAGCAGCAGCAGCAGCAUUUUCCUCUGUUUGCCUUGGGCGUGCAGCAGAUGAAAGCCAAACUGCAGCGUCUGACGCCCCUUAGCGAGGACUUUCAGGGUUUGCUGCGGGGGCUUCUGCUGGCCAUGCGGAUUGAUGGUCCAGCAGCAACAGCAGCAGCAGCAGCUGCUGCUGCUGCACGAGAUGCAGCAGUCGACGAGGCAACGCAACUCUCCCUCUUUCUGCUGCAGCACCUUCCUGCUGCUCAGCUGCAGCCAGUUUCUGUGGUUCUCUUGGAUUUCUUCUGCCGUUUGCUGCUGCGCGCCGCCGUCGCCCGCAGUGCGAAACCGUCAUAUCGCAGCAGCAACAGUUGCUGCAGCAGCAGCAACAGCAGCAGCAGCAGCAGCAGCAGUUUGAGUUCGCGAAUGCUGCUGCCUUAUUUGCGGGGUAUUCUCGGCGUUUUAAAUUUCUCCUUGGACUCUGUUUCAAAGAGUGAAUUGGCUAAAGAGUCGGCUGCAGAGACAGGGGGGUUGACGCCUUUUUUAGAUUUAUUCUCGUGGCAUUCUGCUGCUGUUAGUGAAGAGGAGGCGCUGCAGCAGAAGCUGCAGCAGCGGCUGCCCGCAAUUGCUGCUGCUGUACACAUGAUGCUCUCAGCUUGUGUAGCAGCAGCAAACCUUGUGCUGCCUCCCCUGCAGCAGCAGCAGCAGCAGCAGGAGCAGCAGAAUGCAGAUAGAGUUCCAUAUGGCAGCAGCAGCAGCAGCAGCAGCGGAGACGUUGCUGCUGCCUGGCCUGCUGCUGAGGUUUUUCUGUAUGAUACUGUAGAGCCUCUAGACAAUGCAGCAGCAGCAGCAGGUGCUGCUGCUGCUGCUGGCUGCAGCAACCAGCAGCAGCAGCAGCAACUCAGCGACUGCACAGGCAUCCACUUGUCGCAUGCAGAUGAGGCAGCCCUUUCGCUGCUAACCCAAAUUCUAGACCGGCUGUUUGCUAGCUUUCCCCGGAGAUUCGCUGCCAGUUGUGUCUCCAUUUGGAGCGGCGGUCUCUGCAGCAGCGGCGAAAAUUUAAGAAGUUUGCUGCUGCUGCUGCGUCUCUCGCGUCGCGCGAGGCUCCAGUCCUUACUGGGUCCUCUUUUGGGUUUACUGCAAGACGCUUCCAAGGGUUUAGGGUUAGGCGGUGUUGCCUCUGCUUCUGUCUCCCCCUCAUCUUGUUUGCUGCAUCUCUCGCCUCUGGCUGCUGCUGAGGAAACAGCAACAGCAGCAGCAGCAGCAGCAGCAGCAGCAGCAGCAGAUGGGGGGCACGCUUCAGAGCGGGCAGCAGGAGGGGUGAAUGCUGCUGUUGUUUCAGGAGGAGCAGGAACAGCAGCAGCAGACGCGUCGGCAGCUAAAGCAGCAGCAGCAGCAGUAGCAGCAGCAGCAGCAGCAGCAGGUCGCGACAGCAUGGAGAAGCUGCUGCAGCAGGCAGGUCUAGCAGAAGCACAUAACCCCCGCGAGAGCAUUAUAUAUCAUUUUAUUUACACUUUGAUUAUUUCUGCAUAUCCUCCACCUUUCGUUCGUUUCUGUUGUCUAUGCACUUCCGCCUGCCGCAUGCAGCAGCAGCAGCAGCAGCUGCUGCUACUGCAGCAGCAGCAAUCACCCCUAGCAGCAGCUGCCGCAGCAGCUGCAGCAGCGGCGAGCCUCGACGCAGGAGGCGCCACCUUCGACACCAACACCGACAUCAACAACAACAGCAGCACCAGCACCAACAUCAACAGCAGCAGCAGCAGCAGCAGCAGCAGCAACACGGAGAGUGAGGUGGAGGUUGUAUGGAAGCUGCUGGGGCGUGUAACGUCUCUGUCUGUCUCUUCUCCUCGCCAGCCGCUGUCUGUGCUUUGGGUUUUUGCUGUUAUCUUCGCUUUAGACAGAACAAAACCUGCAAAAGAGCACUUCUUAGCUUGCAAACGGGUGCGGCGGGAUAUGCACGAACUGUUUCGUUUAUGUUGUUUUGUUGCCUUUGGUUCUUUUACCCAUCGAGCGGGUGCAGCAGCAAACCCUAACGGGUUUGAUAGCUCUCCUCCUUUGCCUCCUCCUGUUGAUGUCGUUAAUCAAGCACUUGCUGUUCCUUCUGCUGCUGCUGCUGCUGCUGCUGCUGCGGAUACUCCUGCUGCUCUUGCUGCGGGGGCUCCUGCUGCUGUUGGUGUGGCUGCGGGAGGGAAGCACGGGUACUUGAGAGCGGGCGAUGCUGCAGCAGCAACAGCAACAGCAGCAGCAGGGGAAGUGUUUGAGACCGACAGCAGCAGUAGCAGCAGCAGCAGCAGCAGCAGGAAGGAGAGCGCGUGGUUGCUGCAGGAGCUGCAGCGGCGGCUUGCGUUGCUGCAGCCGCCUUCAUUAGCUGCUCCCAGUUCUGAAGCAGCUAAACAGGAGAAGCCCCCUAACGAUGUUAUUCUUGCAAACCCUCACAGAAGAAUUGCAAGGGAGUAUUGCGCAUGCGAUGGGCAGCUCAGGCCCUCAGGGUUUUUUGUAUCGGUUUUUGCUGCUGUCUCUAUUACAGUCGUUCCCGCUGCGGCUGUUUCCUGCAGCAGCAGCAGCAGCAGCAGCAGCAUCGCUGCGGCGUUUGCUGCUAGAUGA